AAUACUGUUCUAUUGUUUUCAUAUAAAUUGUCAAUUUGGACGUGAAAUAAGGACUAAACACAAGCACUGUUCAUCGCUCUCGAUAUACCGUCCGAUUUAACCUGCUAAACCACUGACGUCCUGACCAGGAUUUGCGGUCUGUCAAUGAGGAACUACAGGCUUAUCUUCUGCCACAACCUGAAGCAGCCAUAGAUGACGAUUCUUUUCCCUGUGAGUCAGUGGGGCAGGAGAUAAAGGUCAGCUUCUGGGUGUUUGAAGUGCAACAAGACCAACUGAAGCAGCCUGGCUGUGGAAGCGAUGAGGAGGAGCCUCUCUCCCUCUCUCAGCGAGUCCCUCAAUACGACCCGGGUGUUUGGAGUCCCCUUGGAGGAGGUGCAGCAGAGCGGGCAGCCAGGGCAGGAGGUCCCCCUGCUGGUCAGAAGCAUCGUGGAGUACAUUGAGGAGCAUGGGGGUCUUGACUUGGAGGGGCUGUUUCUAGUGAACGGGAACGCGGAGCGCGUGGACUGGCUUCGACAGCGCUUUGACAGUGGUGAAGAUGUGGAUCUGCAGAAGGAGGCGGACGUGGCCUCGGCCGUCAGCCUGUUACGCCUCUUCCUGCAGGAGCUCCCCGAACCCGUGAUCCCCACAGGACUGCAAAUACACAUCCUGCAACUUUAUCAAGACUACAGCAGUGAGGAGGAACUGGCCAGAAAUAUGAAGUACUUCCUGCAGCAGUUGCCUCAGGUCAACUACAGCCUGCUCCGGUUCCUCUGCCGAUUCCUGUCCAAUGUGGCGUCCCUUCAAGAGGAAAGCUGGAGCGUCGGAGCCCUCGCCGCCGUCUUCGGCCCCGACAUCUUCCACUUAGACACAGACGUGGAGGACCUGAAGGAGCAGGAGUCCGUGAGCCGCAUCCUUGCCGAGCUCUUGGAGAACCAGGAGGACUUCUUCGACUCCGAGGAGGACGACAUAUCCACGACCAACGACUACAGUUCCAUCAACGAGCAGAUCACAGAGCUACUGGAGGACGAGAAGUCGGAAGCCUGCGAUGACCUGCCUCAGGACAGCGAGGAAGGUCUCUCUUCACUUUCCGCCAAACACUCCCAGGUCUCUCCUGCUUCCAGUUCGCAUAUCUCUCCCAUCAGCAUUCUUCCAGGAUCUGCAGACAUUAUCCAGAGGACCAUCCGCGCUGCAGUUGAGCAACACUUUUUCGACCUACAGAGUUCCAUAGAUCAGGAGAUCAGUAGUUAUGAGAGUCAGGGGUCAGCCUGCCAAUCUGGCCAGAGAGAGGUCCUGAGUGAGGAGGUGACUGGCCGAGGAGACCAUGAGGAGGAGAAGCAGUCUGUGUCUGAGAUCUCUCCUCAGGCUGUCACUGAAGAAGAUCAGUCCACACCACACAGCCCUGAGGGUCUGCAGGAGCUACAGGGUUCUCGACCCAGCAGUCCUGCUGCAGAGGAAAGUUCUGGAAUGGACUUGGACACAGACCUUUUUGUAGAUGAUGAGAACAAUAUCAAGACUGAAAGACUAGAGAACCGUCAGGCUUGCGAACAGAUGGACCAGAGUGAUAUCACCACCUGCCAGCCCGGGCCGAGCGAGUCCGACCCGAACGCCAACACGGAGCCCGGCGAGCAUCCCGCCCAGCCGGCCGACGGCUCCCGCCUCCAGCUGUUCCCAGACAGACACUGGGAAGCACCGUACCCCAACACUUUUCCCCUCAUAGACUUCACAUGUAUGCACCUGCAGAGGGAAGGGUACGAACCUGUGCCGGCCUUCACGUCCUGGCAGGAGGAGAGCGAAUCGGGUGAGGCCCAGCUGUCUCCGCUGGCGGGCCGGAUCAUUCCUCUGCCCCUGGAGGAGGACGCCCAGCCCCUGCUGGCACGCCGCUUCCUGGACUUCGGUCAACACAGCCAACGCUUCCUACAGCAGGACCCUGACAGCACCUCCCCCACCAAAGCCCUGUCCUGUGGCAGGCCUCGACGCUCUUCCCUGACUUCCAAAGAGAGCGUGAAGGGAGAUUCAGUUUCUCACCAGCUCACCAAGAAACUUCAGAACCUUAAAAAGAAGAUCAGACAGUUUGAGGAGCAGUUUGAGAAGGAAAAGAACUAUAAGCCGUCUCAUGCUGAUAAAGCAGCUAAUCCCAAGGUACUGAAGUGGAUGACAGACCUUACCAAAAUCCGGAAACAGCUGAAAGGACGACAGCAACUCUCACCCAAAGGCUCCCUGAGGCACCAGGCAGUGCUUCACUCACACAGACGCCACCUGUCCUCUGCCUACGCCCUCAACACACCCCAUUUCACACUCGCACGCCCCCACACUGUCUCUAGGCAGGGACCCCAGCUAUAUGCCAAACACAAGGCUGACAGUGAGAUGACUCCUCAGACGCGGCCACGCAGUAACACUCUGCCGAAGAGUUUUGGCUCCACGCUGGAGCACUCUGCUCACGAGAGCUCCGUGGAGGGUGAGGUGCGGGGAAACAAGCCCACCCGCGAGGACACUCUCCAGCUCAUCCAGCGCCGUCUCAGCCUGAAGAGACAGGAGGCCGGCUGGCCGGAGGACAUCAGGAAAAUGACCAAGGAGCAGCUGGCCUGUGAGAAAACCAUGCUUCAGAAAAACUUACUACACUAUGAGGGACUGCACGGCCGGCCUGUGACGCGUGAGGAGCGUCUGAUAGUGAAGCCGCUGUAUGACAGAUACAGACUCGUCAAACAGAUGCUCACCCGUGUCAGCAUCACGCCCAUUAUUGCCUCCCCAUCCAGCAAGAGACGUAACCAAACCCUACAGCCCAUCAUCGAGGGUGAGACCGCCCACUUUUGUGAGGAGAUCGAGGAAGAAGAGGAAGACGGAGGGCAGCAGGACAGUGGCCCAGUGACAAACGAGGGGUCAGAGGUCAUCCUGGCCCUGGACCCGGCCGCCCAGCCUCAACAGGAGAGUUCACUCAGGCCCAAACUGGAGGAGAGUUCCGGAAAAUUAGCCCUGGACCUGCGCCUGUCCAGCUCCAACGCCUCGUCUAUGCCUGAGCUCCUGGAGCAGCUGUGGAAGGCCAAGGCAGAGAAGAAGAAGCUGAGGAGGACCAUCCGCGAGUUUGAAGACGAGUUCUACCAACAGAACGGCAGGAACGUGCAGAAAGAGGACCGCGUGCCCAUGAUGGACGAGUAUAAGGAAUACAAACGCGUCAAGGCCAAACUGAGGCUGUUGGAGGUUCUCAUUAGCAAGCAGGAUUCCUCCAAAUCCAUCUAACGUCAGGUCCCGUAGAGAACCAACCAUCCCAGGCCCACUCGAGUCCACAUGUCUCUCAACGCACCAUCAUCUGUGGAUCAUUUCUGACCCCCCCCCCCCCCCCACACACACACACACACGCACACGCACAGCCUGACGGCGGCUUCUCACGGCACUCUGCUGCCAAGGAAGACGAUGGUUUACAUUCUUCAUCCGAGACUGGCCCACAGAGCCCUCUGUGUUCCCCUUCUGUCAGAAAUUAUUCAGUGAAAGGACUUGUUUUCCUGCUACUUU